CAAAAGUGGAGAAACAGACAAUCCAAGCAGGACUACACUUGAUAACAGUUAGGUAGAGACAAUUUCUCUUGUAUAGUGGCUUCUAAACGUGAAAACCGUCUAUAAUAACGAUUGUUGUGAUGCAAAGCUUUAGUGCGUUGUUUUGGUCAAGUCGCAGCGGAUUGGAAACUUGCGAUUAAUUUAUUACAGCAGGACCAGUCCGACGAACUCGCAACUCGCUCUCGACAAUAGACUUCGUGUUACUAUCGUGAAGAGUUAUUGGCAACCAAUCCUUAUUCAAGGAAUUUUUGGUGUUUUUUGGAUCAAGGAAAAUGGCAGUGCAAGCAUCGUGUAUGGAGCUUGCAUUGGAGGGUGAAAGACUCUGCAAAGCGGGUGAUUGCCGCGCAGGAGUAAGUUUCUUCGAAGCAGCGGUUCAAGUCGGGACAGAGGAUUUGAAGACAUUAAGUGCGGUGUAUAGCCAAUUAGGGAAUGCCUACUUCUAUCUGCAAGAAUACGAGAAAGCCCUAGAAUUUCAUCGCCAUGACUUAACUUUAGCAAGGACACUUGGAGACAGAGUCGGGGAAGCUAAAGCUAGUGGGAAUCUUGGAAACACCUUAAAGGUUUUGGGAAAAUUUGACGAAGCCAUAGUUUGUUGCACUCGACAUUUAGACAUUUCACGGGAACUCGGGGAUAAGGUAAGCUUGCAUGUUUUGUAGGGAUUUUUGAGCUUGCUAUACAAAUAUCUCAUUUGGGUUUUAGCGUAAAGUUUAAAAUGAAGAAAUGAUAAAAUUGAUUUUGCGGGAGCAGUUCAAAGGUGACAGCGAAAUUUACAAUAGUACAAUCAACAACAAUGGGGGAUUUUUGAUCUUUCUGCGUAUAAAUUGAUUUAGCUAAUUCUCUUCGUAUCUUUUGUUACUGAUGUCAUUUUCUUUCGUCUUUGAGUGCUCUUUAGUGGUAUGCGAUUUAUAUGAUGCUAGUGAGUGUGUAUGCUAUUUUUAAUUCACUGGGAAGCAUUCUUGCGGUCUUUUGGUGGUCAAAAUAAACAUUGGCUUUCUAAAGUUUGCUAAUCGCAGCGCAAACGUGCACAUAUUCAAUCCACUGCUUGUAAUCAUUUUAAUGGCCGCCGAAAAAUUUUUACUAAACACGCAACGGUCCUUUACCAAACCGAAAUAGCAAUCCGAACUUAACUUCAGCUCUGAAAAUAUUACUAGUCCUAUAUUGCUAUAUUGAAAAAAUUUUCAAUACGCUUGCUGAAUACGAAGGCAUUAUUAAAUUAAAUAUAUUCUCUAGUAAUGCCAGCAGUUGUUCUAGCGUUGUUCGAACCAUUCAUCAGAGGUGAUUCCAAUAGGGGACAAUGUUACCAGAGAACGCUGUACUCUUUUUUAUUGUUAUGGAAAGUAUUGUGUUAACGGUAAAUUGCUAUCCUUGAUCAAAGACCGACGUGUUUCAGACCUCCAUGAGGCAAAUACCAGCAUGAUGUAAUUGUAUUGUACUCACGAAAUAGGAAUAUUUUUUAAGCAUGUUGACGCGAUCGACCCGAAAUUUGCAUCCUUACCAAAAUUAAGAGUUGUUCUGUAUCCCAGCGAGGACGUAAUUCAACGCUUUGUUCGAAAUGUACAAAUUUAAAUGCUAUCGGUGUAGAUUUCAUUUCCUUGAUGUGAGUGUAUUUCACCAAUUAAAUCGAACAUAACGACGCCGAUCGAAACUUAUUUGCGCACAAAUAGAGUGAGAUGAAAUGUUUUAAUUUUUGCGAUUACUCUGUCCACCAAAAAGACUGAUUUAACUUCAUGUGUGAUUAGUGACAAAGUGGCAUUCAAAGCCAAUGAUAAUAUUAUUGGUUACCAAACUAUGCAAAUGUGGAUGUGUCUCCAAAGCCGUGAUAACUUCGGAAGUGUAAUAUCAUGUGAAAUAUCCGGUGUAACGUAUAUUAUUUGCACUUAAUAUUUACAGCCUUCGGUCUUACUGGGCAUAAUAUUUCUUCAGUCAAAAACACUGAUUUCUGUUUUUUUAGGAAUCAGCAGAGUUCAUACCACACUGUUUUUCUUCUUCAUAACUUGUUUACUUUGGCUAAUUGGCACAGAGGCUGUGGAUUGCCCUAAACUGAGCUACCUGUGCACAACAACUUUUUUUUUUCAGAUCACUCACCUUACUUUUAAUGGAUAUUAACUACACAUGUUUACAUAUUGAAGUUUUACAGGAGUUGUUGCCAAGCAAAAUUUAAAAAGAGAACUAUUCAUUUACAUAUGUUGACAGGCACCAUCUUCAAGACAAUUUCAACUGUCUUACAUUCUAUUUUAAAAGUGGUUCCAAAGGAAUAUGCGAUCUUUGUAAAUGUUUUAAAUGUGAUUUUCACAUAUGCUUGUGCAGGUAUUUUUUCAAAUCAAUUUUUAGCCUCCUGAAAACUCUUCAAAUAUUGCCAUUGUUGUGAAGGAAAUGCGUCAAAGUUUCUAGUACAUUCUUACUGACUGGUCUCCUUCUUUUGUUUUUGCUUUAAAAAUAUUCCUUGAUAUAGAGUAAGGACAUCUUAUUCAUAGCUCACUACUGGAGGAGAAAAAUCAGUAAUUCAAUUUUUUCAAUAAUGAUAUUCCAGUUCAGGUACAUCAAGAGUAAUGUCCUACUUGGUUUUUGAUAUUGGUGAAUGACUUUUCGAGAACCUUGGGGCCAUUUUAUGAGAUAAAAGAUUUUUGGAUUUUUUUUCCACUUAAACAGUUUUUAAAAUCAUUUAUAAGAUCAGGAAACAGUCUUUGAGUGCCUUUGAAAAUAUGUCAAAGACUUUUCCAAGAAUUUACAUUUGUACAGACAAUUAUUAGUACAUUUUGGCAUUACAAGGCAUUAAAAAUGUUUUUUACUAGAGCUGGCAGUCCACAAGCUUGGUGGAUUGCAGCAAAGGUGGUGACACCAACCACUUAAGUCAUUUUGGAACUGAUGAAAAACAAGAGAAGACUAAAUAAAAUGACUUUAAGGCUUGAUACUGAACAAUUUAUACAGGGACUUUCUAUUGACAUUAAGUCAAAAUUCAAAACUCAAAGAAAGUAUGGUGUAGUCAUAAACUGAUAAAUGCACUGUGCUGUACAGUGACUCUUUUUUUUUUCGCAGUCUCAGUUAAGCAAAGUCAAAUUUUGACAGGAUAGUAAAGAGUCACCCUCAUCACCAUGCACUUGCUUCUAGUCAUCUGGUCAACACAUAAGAUAACACUUGUUCUGCAGGGGAGAUAAAUGGGCAAUGACAGCUACCUUUUUUAGUAUUAGUCGUGACGUUUAGUUGUAAAUGUAUCCCCUGCUUUGUUUGAAGAGAUUGUCAUCCUUUGGGGUCAGUCAACACUUUGAUUGGUCAACUGUUUGGCUUGUUUUAGUUGCUGGAGAGCAAUUCAUUAAGUACCACUAGUGAUGCAGUGUGGCAGUGUAAACAGUAAUGUCGCAAUAUUAUAAAGUGAGCCAACCAGUGAAACUGGCUGGUUGCUAAGCUGUAAAAUAACAGUGAUGUCAAACAAAAAAAAAAAGGAAUGAUUUAAAAAUUACAAUAAGAAUCCCCCACAGAAAAGAAGAACCCUAUAACAUGUGACCUGCUCCCAACAUGUGGCUUUUCAACUUAGUUGGUGUAGCACCAUGGGGCUCAAAUCCUGUCAAAGCUCAUAUGUUUUUUCAAGCUUCUUCACUGUGAUCACUUAAAUUGCAGUUCACCUGCGAAGACUAUUGCUUUACUUGACUAGGUUAGAAGUAAGGAUGAUAGAUUUAUACUGACAGGGGUAAAAAAUAGCUUGCUGAAUUGUGAGGGUUUUAGGGAUUAGAGAAUGUAACAGCAUGAAACACAAACAGCAUUAAGAAAGCUGACAUCAUGAAGCUUGUAGGUGUGAAAGGGUAAGUACAUCCAAGUCUUAGGAGAAUUUGGCAUCACUUUUUACAUUUAGUAAAGAAUUAAAUGGUUUUGAGAAUUAGGGUUACAGUAAUGAAAAGCUAAAUUUCCUUUAUUUUUAAGAAGAGGAAAUUGUAAUAAUUAGCACUGUAUGAAGAAAAUGAUGGAUAGAAUAUUAAUGUCAGUUAUGAGGUUUAAUUAAAUGCGUGAAUAUUAUGUUUGCAGAUUGGUGAAGCCAGAGCCUUGUAUAACCUUGGAAAUGUGUAUCAUGCUAAAGGUAAACACUUUGGUCGAAAUUUCCACCAAGAUCCUGGAGAAUUUCCAGAAGAAGUGCGGUCUGCACUGGAAAGAGCUAUUGAAUUCUAUGAGUAAGUGAUUCCUAUGUAGCCCAUCUGCUAAAUUUCUCUUGAUUCCAUUUUGUCUGUGAUCUCUGAUAAUCUAUGUCUAAUGUAAAUUUAUUGAGGAGUAGAAUUUCUUCAUGCAUGCUGUUCCCAUUUCAAUAAUCAGAAACUAUUCUGUCUUCAAAUUUUAGGGCCAAUCUUUCCAUUGUGAAAGAACUUGGUGACAGAGGUGCACAAGGGAGAGCCUGUGGCAAUCUUGGCAACACUCACUACUUGAUAGGAAACUUUGAACUGGCAAUCAUGUUUCAUGAGGAGGUGGGUGUCUUUUUUUCCCUCUUUACAUAUUUCAAUCAAAUUUCAAUCUGUUAGUAAGGAUAAAAGGGUGAUGCCUAUACUAAGCCAAGUGGCUCCACCAGUGGGAGGUUAUCCCAGUUUCCAUAGCAUGAGCAACUAGGAGUAGUAUGCCACUAAAUCUCUGCAGAGCGUUGUCUCAUGAGGUGAUGGAAAGAAAUAGAGCAGCCAAAUGCUCAGAAAGGUUACCUUACAGUGAGAUAGAGAUGGUAAACCUUGGGUAAAUAACUAUGAAUCAAAGGGUACUUACCAUCAUUCAAAUAGGGUAGGGGAGGCUAGUCUACUUGUAAAGAAAUUGAAAAUAUCAGGCAGAGCUGCUUAGUUAGAGCACUAAAUUCCAGAAUUACAGUUAGAGCACUAAAUUCCAGAAUUACAGGUAAUACUCUUUUCAGCUCUUCCCACCCUAAAAAGCCCCUUUUUGAAAUAAGUCCCCCCCUCACCCCCUAUAUCCUUGGCGUCAAAUUUUUGAUAAGCACCCUCACUUCAUGUGAUUUUACAAUUUGUCUUUGUGGUUGGUCAUCUCCGUUAAUGGUAAGUGCCCUGGCCAGAUUCUGUGGUAACCUCUCUAUUUAUUGUGAUCUAAAUCCAGAGGUUAGUCAUUGCAGAAGAAUUCCAUGACAAGCCAGCAGAAAGACGUGCUUGUAGUAACCUUGGAAAUGCACAUGUUUUCCUUGGGGAGUUUGAGGUUGCAGCUGAGUAUUACAAGUGAGAUAAACUUUUUAAUAGUUUUCUGUAAGUUAAACAUUCACUGUCAAAUGAGACUGCUAUGUAAAUUCUCCUUACAGUGUUCAUAUAUUUUUAAGCCAAAAGGUGACGAGAAGAAAGAAAAUCAUCCUUAGAGCUAAAAUUAUGAGAAAUGAAGGGCAGACACUAAACAGAAUUGAAGUCUUGGGAGUGAAGGCGUUAAGAAAACCCAUUAAUCUUCUAACCCUUUAAAGUGUCCAGCAUUUAAUUUCUCCUCACAAUAUCACCACUGAAUCACACAUUAAGGCCAUGAGAAUAUGGGAAAUGAUCACUACCAAAGAAACUCUUUAUUGUUAAACAAAUUCUCCUCGUCAGCAUGUUAAGAAAUAUAUGCAGAACAGUAUGGAGUAUAUGCAUACUGGUGUUGUGGUGUAAAGGGUAAGGCAAAGAUUAGGCUAAUUUUGGUUAUGGGUCAGUGUCUAGUGUGCCUGCACAAUGAACUUCACUCUUGCAAGACCUUUCUUAGCCUUUUAUAAAUAAAUAAUCACGUGGAUGACCGCUGAAUACAGGGUCGACGGUAUAUAAACGUGAACAUAGAAAAGAAUCAAGAGUAUGAGAGCCCAGGAACCUUGGCCUGUAAACUAAUCAAAACUCAGGAAUUGCAAUAUUCCAUGACUACUUUUGAUAAGCGUAUAAUGUUACCUUGUUUGCAGGAGAACACUGGGGAUAUCACGUGAACUGGGGGACAGGGCGAUUGAGGCACAGGUAAUUUUAAGUGGUUAUAAAAACGUAGUGUAUAGAAAAUAGAUGAAGAAAGGUGUUUAAGGAGGGAUAUUAUUGACGCAUCGCGAGCUCUAGACGAAGUAAAGAUCCUAGACCAUUAGAUUUCCCGGUGCGAGCUUUACCACUUAGCAAAUAGAUUCCAUGUUGUCGUGGGACAGUUCAGUGUUAAACCAUAGAUGAUGUGGUAAGAACGAAAAAGUGGUACACAAGGCGCAGCAUGUUGAUAUCAUUUAUACCUCUGUCCUCUAAGUGAUUAUCAGGAAAAACCAAUCAGCGAGUAUGGUUCAGCUUAGCAUGUAAUUAGCUUUAUAUAAUAAGCUCAGUUAUGCACGCAUUCUGAUUGGUUCUCACUUAUGAUCUAUUGGAGGACAGACGUAUAGAUGACGUCAUCAUUAAAACUUUUUUAAAUUCUUUAUUGUAUAAAAACAAAUAGAUUUCAAGUUGCCGUGCCUCUGUUCAGUAAUAGAUCACAGAGGACGUCAAAAUGUGGUAAGAGCAUCAGUGACACUUUUUUGUUCUUACCACAUUUUGACGUCAUGUGUGAUCUAUUACUGAACAGACGCACGGUAACUUGGAAUCUAUUUGUUAUGUAAAUAACUCUGUGGAGAGCUAUACCGAAAGAAAACGAUAAAAUAUGAGCUCGGUCGUUGAGUUAGAAUAAUGGUAUUCUGUUUUGGCUCAAGUUAGGAUAAUUAAUUAUUUGAGCAACGUUCCUGACAUAACAAAGAAGCUUGCUAAUUACCUCAACUGUCCAUAUCAACUGUCCAUCCGGUAAAAAUUUUCUUUUCUAGAUAGGAUUAGGCAGUCAAACCUUGAAAACAUUCUUUUUUUUUCCUGGAAAUCCAGGCCUGUUACAGUUUAGGAAACACUUACACUUUACUCAGAGAUUACCAGGAGGCAGUGGAAUACCAUUCCAAACAUUUGGAGAUCGCUCAGGAACUGGGUGACAGGUACGCUGUACAUUUUUUUUAAAUGGAUAAUUACCUAAGCCACCUGAACCACUUGCUUUUGUUUUUCAAUUUACGCUUUAAGAGCAGAAUAGCAGAAAAUAAAAGUCUCCUAACUGAGAGAAUCAUUAACACCCCUUUUGCUUGAGCACAAAAGCCACACUUGUUUGUUACUCUAAAUCUGCAUUAUCCAUGAAACAUUCAAAGCCUGUCUUUAUUUUUUUGUCUUCAUUGUACUUUCCUUUCUUUGUUAUUGCGUUAGUUAGUAAGUUUAACACUGGUUACGGUAUUCAAAUGAGUUAAACUUUCUUUCUUACAGAGUCGGCGAAGGUCGUGCUUGUUGGAGUUUAGGAAACGCGCACACUGCGUUGGGUAAUCACGAAACAGCUCUGGAUUACGCGCAGAGACAUUUGGAUAUCUCGAAGGAGGUAACGUGAAAUUACACAAAGCAGAUCUAUUGUGUAGUGUACAUUUAAUUUUCCUGUAGUUCAACGUAAUAAUUUAAAGAUGCUUCAAAGAGACGCUUCUCGGUCAUUUUUUCUUUGCAACAAGAAAUAAUUUUUCCUAGCAAAACAGCAAAAUGUUUCAAAAUAUUUUGAAUAAUUUUUCGUGAUAAAGAGAAUUUCUCAAAAAAAAGGAAGCCUUGAAAUUGCAGUUUUACGUCUGUAGAAAACUAUCAGAGAGGUGAGAAUAAACCACAGGGAAACCAGGAUAGCUGAGGAUGGAGAAGAAUGAAUCGAAUUGCUAACUUUUAACGUAAACAAAAUUAUGCUUAAGUUUUCAAACUCUUGUACAUCGUUAACGACGCCAUAUUAGCUUCUGUGCUGAGAAACAAUUUAAGGACUUUUCUCGUCUCUCUCUAGCGAUGACACAUUAAAAAACAUUCUUGAAAAUUAGCACUUUGUGUUCAAUCGCAAAAGUUGACUCAUGAAAAUUUAGCCUGGUCCAUCAAAUCGCUGAAAAUCGAAAGAUUGUUAGCUUAUUUAUAUCACAAUGAAUGGAGUGGCAGCUGUGUGGCUACUUUUGUGCGCAAGAGUAAGGUGUAAAUCAGCCAUUUUCACGUUUUAAUGCCCCUUUUCAAUUUUGUAGCUUUACCUUUUGUUGGGAAUUAAACCAUUGUGUAUUGUUUGGCUGACAUCUUGCUACACGCACGUAGACCCGUUUCAAAAUUGAGAAGUUAUAAAUAGUGUUUAUUGCGCAGGUUUUCGUUUACUUCGCUCUGUGAUUGGUCUAAAAGACUCGCGCCAACAUCUCAGCCAAUCAGAUACUAGGGUGGAAUCGAUCGCGACGCGGUCAAUGACGUAAUAUUGCUUCUGAGGUCGUUAUCAUUUUCUUAUUUGCGCUUUGAUUGAGUGUUACAACAACCGGCCGAAAAACAAAUUCAACUCUGAAUACAUUGAAGUGAGGGUAUUGAGUUGCAGAAAUUAAUCUUUGGAGUGAAUGCCACGCGGAAGUGAGUCGGUCAUCACUGACCCUUAAUUUUGGUUGUGUUCGACAUCCUCAGUUUAGGAGCGUCAUCUAGAGUCUGUUACUGGCAUAGCCCUGUCCAGGAUAGCCGGGUGCGAUGAAAAUCGCUCAUGAUUUCAGGUUUUGUAUCGCGGUUAUUCCAAAUUUUCUUCGAGCAAUUUUUUCUUCCUUUUUGGAAAAGCACGGACCGUGACAGACUUGUCAGUAGAAAUGAUAAUAGUUCAAUAACUUUAUUCAAAGUACUCUUGCUGACUCACUCUACAACACUGUACUAUACAUCAAUCUUCAUUUCUCUAUUGGAAUGGAAACGAUAAACCCAUCUUCGCUUUGGGAUCAUGUGAAGUUUCCGCAAUUUUUUUUCGCCGGAAGGAUUAGGGUAGUCACAAAUGUAUCCAGCUAUUGGAGAUUCAGCCAUGGAGAUUAACUUCAGUUUGAAUUUUUUACGGCAGUUAUAAACCUAUUUUCCUGCCCGCCACGCGUUGUUCCAAAAGGAAAGAAAAACAAAGUUUGAUCAGUUGAUCUUCCUGGGAGUCUACUGAAAUGUUUCUUCACAUUGUUAUAGUGGAAAAGCAGUUUCAUGUUAUUAUGGACAUAUCAUUUUACCCAAGUAUAUUACCUCGCCAAGUUGAAAGGGUACUAAGCUGCGAAAAAUGUAACAGAAAUAUAAUGUUGUUUUAGUGCUAUGCUAGUUGUUUUAGUGCUAUGUUGUAAAAGAGUAAAGUAAUAGUAGUAAGAGUAUUGCUAGUUUCGUUCUUGUUCAGGAUUAUACUAUUUAUACUGAGACGAAAUAGUUUUCACUAUUAUGACGUACUUUACGAAGUAAAGUAAGAGUAGUACUAGUUUCAUACUUGUUCUUCAGAAUUGUAUUGCAACAGAAUAAGAAAGGAUUUGGUAUGAGUUUCAAUAGUUCGAAUCCAAUAGUUUGUUGUCAUUUAAUUAAUGCGUAGGCUAUUCUACCAACUUAAAUAAAUGUGUCAGAAAUGAAACGAUAUCUGCCCUUUUCUUCGUCAAUUAUAGUACGCAAUCUUGUGUUGAAAUUUUAACGGACAUCGCCUAAAAGCUCGCAGUUGGAACAAGUUACGAAAAAGGAAUGUUUAGUUGGGGGGGGGGGUCCAAAUCCGCGAAGGGGGGUCCAAAUCCGCUAGCGGAUAUGGACCGGGGGGAUCCAAAUCCGCUAGCGGAUUUGGACCGGGGGUCCAAAUCCGCGGGGGGUCCAAAUCCGUUGUGACACCGGUUUGAUUCUAUGAUAAACAUGAGUUUGAAGUAUUCUCACAUUACAGGGAUUUAUAAAAUUUCCAACAACAGAUCUUUUUUGUAUGUGACGGGUGCUCUGGUGAAUAUUGUAUCACUUUAUUUUUGAAGGAGCUUCGUCUUUGUGAUAGUUUAUUUCGUUUUAUUUGUUCAGCUUGUGUAUUAAUAUUCGAUUCUCAAUUCCAGGUUGGAGAUCGCACCGGACAAAUAACGGCGCAGAUGAACAUCUCUGACCUCCGGGCCUUACUUGGAAUUGAAGACGAUUCUCACGAUACGUAAGUGUCGUCCUUACACACAGACCAUAAACUGCCUUACAAACAGAGAAAUUUUUAAUUGAGUAUCGAAAGUAAUCCGGGAAUACUUUGGAUUUGCUUUACUCCGGUCUGUGAUUGGUCUAAAAAACUCGCGCCACUUUCUCGACCAAUCAAAUGUACUCGAAAAGCAAUCACGACUUGGUCGGCCGCGUUUUCCCGCGCUUUAGGCAGUUUGAUUGUUUUGGUUCUUAGAAGUAUAUUCCUUUGUUCUGAUUGAUUGUUGGAAUUGUUCUGUUUUGGGUUUUUACGGCACUCUAUCGAAAAGCGUUCCAUGAACACGCGAAUGCCGGGUGUGUGAGUUGGUUUUGUUCACGUUUGUUAUCAAUUACAAACUCCAAGCUCUAAUUUGACAAGGUGAUAUCUAUUUUUGACUAAGUCACUAUCAUGUUUAAGACAAGAACAAUUCUCAACAAAGGACAUUGAAUUAUGAAUGAGUUUUGAGAAAUGUGUGUUUUAGGCUGCAGCGUGGGCGUUUAUUUGGCGAGUGAGCUCUCACGAAAAAUUUAUGUGUUAAAAAUUUUCUGCCCCUUUGGAUUUUGAAAGUAAAGGAUUUUCCAUCCGAUGGAGCAGACGACAGUCGUUACAGCAUGUUCUGUUCUUGCAGGAACUCAAAUAGCUCAGCAUCUGGAAUUGCUGAGGGCGUGCAUCGAAGCAGCCCGGGAUCUAUUAAACAACUCUUUAACAGAAAAUUCAGCAAUUUAGAAGGAGGUGAGCAAUAACAGCGUCCAUCAAAAUCGAAGCAAUUAAGGAUCAGGACUAAGUAUAGCACAGCAUUCACUACCAGUGAGGGAGGGGGGUCAAUAGAAUACUACAGGGCCCUUAGGGGGAGGGAUCAGCCAAAUUUUAUCAUAAUCAACCAAAAUUCUCCGACUCCCCCCCCCUUCGAAAAAAUAAUGACCAGUUCUUUUUUAUAUCGCCAUUCCACUCCUAAGAAUUAGUUGUUUUUUUUCUUUUUUUGAGUUUGUGAUUUGUCUGCCUUGCCUUCGAGAUGCUCUUCAGCAAAUUAUGUAACCCUUAUUUAUACUGGGUCUAAACCGAACCGCGGUUUAACACAAUCAGUGGGCCAAAGGCUUUCCCUGUAAGAGAAUUGAUUUGAUCUAAAAAAUGUCUUCCCUCUGUUCGCUUCCGGCAUUCUUGACACUAUUCACAUAAAGAAAUGCUCAGAUGAAAGGUUUAGCUAAAUCGAGGAUUGUUUAGGACGCGAUUUUGUUAAACAACGGCUAAGCUUUGUUUAAAUAACCAGCCCUAAGUCUGCUUCCAUCUGUGCGAAAUUCUGUUUCAAAGAUUAUUCCUAACACUUAACAUUUAUUUAUUCAUUUCUUUUAGCUAGUAUUCAUACAUAUCUCUUAUCUCUUAUUUCUUAAAAUGAUGAAUACGGUAGUAGUAUUUAUCUACUGAACUUUCUUGAUAUGUAUUGAUGAAAUAUUUUCUUUAAAAAUCGCUCCCCCAUUGGACGAAGCAGUCAUAUUAUAACAUUGACUAAGUUUAACAAUUACGAAGUAUUUUGAUUUUGUGUAUUUCUUUUUCUCAGAUAAAAGGAAACUGGAGUCAGCUGCAUCUGCUGAUGUGAGUUUUACCAUAGAGAGGACCUUUUUCUUUUGUUUUUUAUUGUUUGUUCGUUUUUCAUUUUUGAUGACUCGAUCAAAAGUUAGAGCUUUUUCCGCCUCACUCAACAUAGCGUAUGUACUUUCUCGUUAAGGACUUCUCUGUACCUCAGUUGGAGAGCGUUUAAGUCACACAACCAAAUCUUGCAAACUUCAAAUAUCUCGCUCUCUUACUCUCUUCAUGAUAAAUAAUAAUAAUAAUAAUAAUAAUAAUAAACACAGUUCUCAUAGACAAAAUAACAAAUGUCUUGUAUGAAACCUCUUUGAGUCCUAGCUCUUGUUAACGAGACUGAAAUUCAUAAAUUGAUCGUCCUCAAAAUACAUGUUUUUUUUAAUUUUAUUCAUGAAUUUCACUACGUACGGCUCAAAAAAAAGAGAGAGGUCUCUGUCUGUUUGUUUUCUUCAUACUACAAAGUUUUUUCUCUAAGAUUGUGCAAUGACCGAAGUAAUUCCUAUGAAUUCUGUGUUUUUCUGAAGAUCUCUUCAAAUGAAAAUGAGUUUAGUUUGACGUGGAUUUUUGAAAGCGAAUUCUCGGCUAAUAUAACUCAUUAUGUAACAGAGGUAACAAGACAACUUGUGUAAUUUUUUUCUCAUUAAAAACCUAAACAUCUCCAUGUUAUGCGGAAGAAUGGUGAAGGACGUGAAAAUGUACUUAUGUCUCAAUCAACCAAAUCGUUCAAAAUACAUCCUUCAGCAAUAGGGAAGUCACGCAGGCGAUAAAUCUUUAUGAAUUUCUUGUUUUUCUUAUGUUGACAACGAAUUAAUUAAAGCGCUUUGAAUCAUAUUGAAAAUGAUUUUAGUCGCCAAUUCGGUUUAUAGACAGAUUCUUCUAAUUAAAGUUUUCCUUUCAAUGCAUUUCAUUCUUUAAGAUAAGUCAAAUACCUGCUGUUUACCAAAUAACGUUCCUACAUCGUCUAAUAUCGUUUGAUUAUUGAAACCUAACCAUUUGUUUGUACAAUGGAAUCUUUAGAUGAACAAAUUCUUAGAAGAUUAUACACAUGACAAUAAUAGUCGUUUCAACAACGUUUUGAUUUUUCCAAGCCAUGAUUUUUAAGUCGGCGUUAUCUCAAUUUCUUAACAAAUCAACGAGCUGGUCAAUAAUUCGUGAUAUAUUUGAGUUCUCUAUUUAUAGAUUUAAGUUGACCACACAUUAACUUUAACAGAUCUUAGAAACAUAUAGAAUAUUUACUGUUUCGGCGCCCGAUAAGUCUGAGACACGAAAUCAUUCAAUAGAGCUUGAACAAUAGGCUAGUGAGACAAUUACUCAAUGCAGUACUUCCUUUAACAAUUUCGGAAGUCACGCUUAAGCUUUUCCACUUUACUAGAGGAAGCGAACGAAAUUUUGGUUACUCCGUGCCACGAUUUUCAAGUCAAUUUGGGCUGCCAAAUCAGGCUAUGUUUCAUGUUAUGUUUUAGUCCACGAUGUAAAAAUUUCAGUUGUCCUUACGUGAGUCAAACAGAGCUGAGGAUUAUAUUGGGGAAUUGUAACUGUUUCGGUGCACAAUAAGUUAAGUUGCAAAUAUUUACUUCAACGUUUGAAUAAAAUAGGUCAAUUUUUCAAUGCAAUACAAUGCGAUACGGAAGUCACGCACCAACACCCCCUGUUAAUUACAGGAAGCAUUGUACUGUACACUUGAUAUACAAUGAAAGACGUUUUACAAUUCAUACGCCCUAGGUAUUGUCUGAAAGUAAUAUAUCUCCCUUGUAAGCCAGCAUUAUUUUAAGGCAACAAGAAAUCCGUUCUCGUGACUUCAUAUUUUACACAGUUCAUUUUACACCGAAAUUAAAUGGCCUGCUGUCUUUAGACUGUAAAGUGUUUGGAGAAAUAUCUAUUUUCGGAAUGAAUGUCAAAAGCUCUUCUGGUGUUAAAUGCUGUAAUCCGCCACAAAAACAGACCACCCACAAUCCAUUUUGAGGCGGAAUUAAUUAAUUGACCUCGAUCUGGAAUUCUUUACCCUUUCGACCAACAACUACAAAUUUUUGUUAGUUUCAGAUGAGAGAACUUAGAGAUCGAGAUCGCAAAUUCUUAAAACUCAGGUUCACCAGAAAUUUCAGUAUCGCUACUUUAAUACCGCGAGUGAUAAGAACAGGAACUUGAAAAAUAUAUUUUUUAUUCGUUCUUCUUUUUUUCAAACAUGCCUCAUUAUAUGGAAGUGAUUUUCCAUGUUUUUUAAAACCUUAGGGCAAUUUCUGUGUAUUUUCGAACGUGCUGUAGCGCGGAAACGUGUACCUCCUCGAGUUAUUUACCAAGAUGAUACUGGACUUUCUGCCCCUUGCGCUUUUGUCUCAGACGUGUUAAUGACUCCUUGGGGAAGUAAUUCACAGCCAUUUUGUGGUCGAAUUUUCGUAAUAUAUUCGAGAGGUAUAACCACUUACAAAACAUUCGUGUUCGAUUCCUACUUAUGAAAACCAUCGCGUGAAAGCGCAGAGUUUUGAAAGAAAUCUUUGUUUUUUUGGCUCACGCAAACGAAAAAGAUUUGCUUCCAGGUUUCGUGUUUUUUUAUUUCGCCGCCCACUUAGAAACGGAUUUAAAAAGGUUAAUCCUUGAGUUUAUUUAAAUGACGUAAUGUUUACUUCUUGAAGCGUAUCUGGGCACGUUCUUAGUUGAAGUGUUUUUAAAAGCCUUGAGUUUGGCGUUAGAUCCAGUAGAUUUUACACCCAGAAGAGAAGAUCAAACUCAUCUUCGGCAACACAAUUCACCAAAGUCUUUGAAGUUUGCUGAUAAUUUUCUAAAAUGGGGCUUGACUGCUCGGAGCUGAUGGUAUGUUUCAUUUCGCGACAUUUUUGAGUGAUAGCAAUGUUUACGUUUGCAUUAAGUCUCUUCAGAGAUAGGAACUGUUUAAAAACUUUAUCAGAUUGCAAUAUAUUUUUCCUGGAGCUCACUUUGUUUCGACCAUCUGCCAGUUUGUUUCGACUAUCUGCCAGUUUGCGAGCCCUCUCAGUGGAUAGCCAAGCUUUUCGGUGGUCGAUUUUGCAAGAAAUUUGUUUUGUUAGUUAGGACUCUCUGAGAAGUAAAUCUUUGUGUCACUGUCUUUGAGUUUAGUUUCCCUUCGCGGGGAGUCAGACUCUUUUUUGGUUACACUUUCGCGACUAAUGCUAUUCGACAUCAGAGAUAAACUUGAACUAAAUCUCCGCACGGCACACUUUGUUCGACAUCAAUGCUAGUAGUAUUCAGAUCACUUGUUGCAUGUGAUCUUAAUAAAUUGACCCUAGUAAAUCUCGCCAAUGAGUUCUCUGUUGCUCGAUUGAUAAACCAUAGGCCCUCCAAAUUGGAAAGUCCAAGAUUUGAAUCCUCAGGGGUACACAGAUGUUUCUUUUUUUCUCCGGCAUGUUCAGCCAAAAAUUUAAAAACAGUUUUCUUUAUUUUGACUUACAUGAUCUUCUUGUUUGUUCAGGGGUGAAAUUUUUAGCGAGAAAUUAGUUAGUUGCUGGUCACUUGUCUUAGGUAUAGGGUUUACUUCACUUGCUUUCCUCCCUUUUCAGGGUGUGACUAAGCCUCGUUCGUCUUCAGUGAACUCGAGGAAACCUGUGGAUCACGGUGAUGUCCAAGUUCGUGUUCGCUCCGAUGAGGUAAGCGCCUGAACAUAGAUCUGAAAAUUUUAACGUUAAUUUUAUCUUUAGUUAAGGAAAUUCCAAAUCUCAAGCGCUUUGGGAAUGCGUUAUUAUGAUAUUAGGAGCUCUAACACCAGAUAGCGUGACUGAUCAGUUAGUGCGCUGGUUUCGUUCCGGUGGUUCCGAGAUCCAAUCUGUCCACUGUUCCAUUACAAUAUAGUUCUCGUUCGAUAGACUUAUUGCAGUCACCUGAUCAUAAUAGUGUUAUUUUUACUCGAAUUGCUUUUCAAAUACAUCAUUUUCUUCGAGCCCACAAGCCGAGAGCUCGAACAGAUAACAGAUUUUAUUAUUUAGACCGCGGUAUCAACUGCCACGCGCGCGAAGAUUACAUUUACUCUUUCAAAAAUUAUUUCAGAGGACCAGGGGAUGGGUUCACUCCUCUUUCAAGUGAUAUCUUUUACCAACAGAGUUCGACAACAUGACAGCCUCUAGGCCGCCGAUCGAUUAGACGUAAAGAUUAUAGUUGUUCUGUAAGCGAAUAAGACGGUGUCGUGAUGAUCAUACGACACGGAGCCGUAAGCAAAGUUGAGGUUUUGUCAUAAUACGAAAUUUAUGAAAUAAAAAUUGAUACUUUAAUCGAGAGCACUCGUCCUGAAGACUUCUGUGUUCGUUUUAAUUUUGGAACACCAAUAACAAUUUCUGAUUUUUUCUUGUCCCCACGCUGCUAUGGCUAAGAGUUUUCUGCAUAGUUAAGGAAUUGGAAAAGAUUAAAUCUAGAACCUUCCUGAGUUGAAAUGACGACAUAGUCUAAUGAGCUUCUUAGUUGAGUAACUGUUAAAUAUAUUGGUGAACAAGACUGGUGCCGUUUAAGAAUGUAAAGAUGACUUGAAAUUUGUCAAUACUGGUUUGUUUCCCUCGAUUUUCAUGGCUUUGCUUUUUUUGUUGUUUUGGCGUUUUGUUUUGUUCUGUUCUGUCUUUGGUUCGUUACAAUGAGGGAAAUAUACGCGUUUUCUGUUCUCUUUGCGCCCAUCCUUGGCCGAAAAGCAGAUUUAUCUUCAGUAAACCAACCAGCAGUAGAGUUGUCCUUGCGAGUAGUAAGAAUUGUCCACGUAAAGGGAAAAACAAUUGUGUUUUCCACAUUGCAGUUAGAGGCUUCAAAGGUAGCCGGUGUGUCUAGUAUAGCCUCAAGCAGAUGUAAUCAGUUCUAGUCAAACCUGACUGCUCUCUUAAGAGUGCGUCAUGAAAUUUUAUUUAAGAUUAUCAACCCAAAAGUAGCACUUAAAAUUCUUAUCAUAGACGGCACUUCAAACUGUCGCAGAAAUGAAGUUUUUGUGAUCGUGGAGAUAACAAUCAAAUAAAUUACCAUUUAUAUGUACAAUUUUGCAGAAACAGAAUGAUCACGCCCUGAACGAAGACUUCUUCGAAUUCCUGAGUCGUUGCCAGGGUAACCGAAUGGAUGAGCAGCGUUGCGAGCUCCCUAAACCAAUCGAAAAGAGCAAGAGUACGGAAGACAUGCUGGAUAUGGUGGAACGAGUACAAGGAGACAGAAUGGAAGAACAACGGAGUGAUCUUCCUUUCGAGGAUGACCCGUCUCAGAUAAGUACGUUUGUUCCCGAGAUCUGACUUUGUUUAAUCCCUUAAGAGACCCGUCGUUAUUUAUUGCCGGAUGGCCCGUGGGGGUUGUCACAUUUUUGGUUGUGUCACAAUAAGAUUAAGCGCUUCAAAGCUGAGUAUAGCUUUUAAUUUAUGUGGUGAUUAAGAUGAUGUAACUUCAUCCUAUAAUAUCUAUACAUUAUCCAGGUAACAGGUAUUGAGAGCACUCAAAUUUGUCAGGUUGAAGUUGUUGUCAUGACCUAACGCUAAAUUCUCGUUAUUGAUUUACAAGGAAAUGUGUAACAACUAAAAGGGAGAAUUCACAAUUAGAUCUUGGGAGUUAAAGGGUUAACAGAUUUUGAUGAGUUGUGGUAUACUAUGUCGUUACUCAAGCGGUGAAUUAUUAAAUAUGGUGAAGUGAAAUUAUCACUAACGGAAUAUUAGGAACAAAAUUGAAUUCAAUUUUUUUUUUCCAUUAAGGGAGACUGCCAAAGAGAGGAGACAACCCUGGCGAUGAAGAUCUUUAUGAAAUGGUUCUCCGAAGUCAAGUAAGUAUCGUUCAGGGUGCUUUUUGUCAAUAACAGCUCGACUGUGUUAACAACUAGCCUACGAGCAGGUCCUCAUCAUUCGAGAAUGAGUUGAUUUCCUUUCACGCUUAAGAUGUCAUAUUGAAUCAAGUACAGAGGCGCAUUGGCAAGUGAGAACAAUUCCGCGGUUUGAGCCUGUUAGAUGGUACUACAUGUAUUCGAACAGUGAGAUAAAAUCGACUGCUUGUAUAAUUUUAUAAUAAUAAUAAUGAUAAUAAUGGUAACAAUUCUGAUGAUAAUAAUAAUAAUAAUAAUAAUAAUAAUAACAAUAAUAAUAACAAUACUUUCAAUAUUUUUGAAAGUAACCAGUUCUUGGGAUACCACCGAAAAAAGGCCAAUCAUUAAGAUUUUUCAUUCCUCUCCCUAGUCCCACCGUAUUGAGGAUCAGCGUUCGGAGCCGCCGCCCAAUGCGCCCACAGUACCUGACGAGGACUUCUUUGGUCUGAUACUUCGCCUACAAUCAAAUAGAAUGGACGAUCAGCGUUCGUCUGGUCCCGGAGGUCGUAAACCUCAAAUACAACCCAGGCGAUAAAGAGAAGUGAAGAAGUAGACACUGUAGCUGUAGCCUUGUAUUAUUUGAACUAAAUGGUGCAGUUUGUAGUCGUGUUCAAACAUGUUUGGCUGGACUAGAACGUCAAAAACGCUACAAGUAUUAAGGAAUCACGAGCUUGAAGGGAUAUACUAUACGGCGAUUCGUAAUUUCCGUAGUCUAGUGAAUAAAGAUGAUAUUUUCAGCCCGUGUACUUUUGUAGCUUAGUUCUGUCAAGAAAACUUUUUAGAGGACUGUCUUUUUUAGGCUUUUCAAGCGAUUUACUUAGUGUGACAUGAAUGUGACAAAUAAAUUGUGUGACAAUCAGAAUUGCGUGAGUAACUGAGGAAUAGACGCUCGCAGAAAGCCUGGGUUGUUGUAGAGUAGCUUAGUACGUGUCAUCUCUCUUUGGACAUUGGAUUUUAACCGCAUUUUGCCAAUACAGUUGUAAAAUAGUUGGAGGAAGUAACUGAUUUUUAGCCAGGCUAACGUAGAAAAUUUAAAUAUUUAAAACGCACACGAAAUAUUGAUACUACUUGCUUCUCAACGACGCGAAGUGUUCCCUGUAACACUUAUCGGCUGUUUUUUCACCUUACGUUUUGUAUCACACGACACACAAUAUUGUAGUGAAGGGAAAGAGAUUUGGGUGAUUUUUAUCAUUUUUAACCCCAACCGAGGUGUUUAUUUUUUAGAACUCAAAGUCGUUAUCAGAUUUGUGUAUUUUUUAGACCAAGUAGAACGUAAAUUUCAAAUUCUCGUAGCACAUUCAAAAUUUGAACUCCUCUCUUAUUUUACUAAUUUAUUUAAGUCAGAUAUCUUUAAUAAAAAUGUAGAAUACACUCUAGGCGCAGUGAUUAUCGCAAAGGGGAACAUAAUUUUUAGGGAAAAAAUAUAUUUCUUGAAAAUCAGAUGGAUUUUUACACUUGUGAAAUAAGUGUGGCAAUUCGCGAUUCGUUUUAUUUUUGUAUUCACGACAUGUACAAAGCAAGG